CACGCGCCAUUUCCUGGGGAAAUCUCGGUAGUGGGAGAGGGUGAGCUUGCAUGGCAAAUCACAAGCAGGAAAGAAGAAAAGUUUUACAAGGAAGUAGAUGCAGAAGAUUGUGCCUGCGUUCUUACUAUGGGCUGGAUGCCGCUAAAAUAGGGCUUGGGUCAUCUGCUGUUCAAUUUGUCUUAGGAGGAUACGUAAACUGGAAGCAAUUUGUACAGCCUUUCAUCUUCAACAAAGGGGGCUGAAUGGUUUGUUCCGGUUAGUCCUGAGGCUAGAUCAAUGUUCCAAUGAAUGAAAAAGCAUUUGGAGAUCCUCAAGAUUCCUUCAACCUAUUUGGAAUUGUGUUAUAGGAGAGAAGAAGAAUGGCAAGCCGUUUAGCAAAUGAGAGAACUGGAAAAAGCCCUUCCAAUGCUCAGUCUGGAAUCCACGGGGAGAUCUCGGCAAGAACUGGGCAGAAGAUGCUGGAAGAAGGAAUUAUCGUUUCACAAGUUCAGGCUUUGAAUUUCAGGAGCGUCCAAUAUCAGGAGGAUGAGGGUCCCCGAGGACUUUGCAGCCGACUCCACUACUUUUGUAGUCGAUGGUUGAUACCAGAAAAGCACACAAAAGCACAGCUACUGGACCUGGUUGUUCUGGAGCAGUUCUUGGCCCUUCUGCCCCUGCAGAUGGAGAGCUGGGUGCGGGAAUGUGGAGCAGAGACCAGCUCCCAGGCGGUGGCCCUGGUGGAAGGUUAUCUCCUGAGCCAGGCAGAGGAGAAAAAGGAGCAGGUUGAGUCGCAGCCCUUCACUGUGGAGAAUAGAGAUCCUGAGAGAAGGAGACAUCUAUCCGAUACCCCCCGGGAACUAUUUUUCUUAAGGAUUACUCAGGAUGACACAAAUCAAGAAGCAUCCAGAGGGAAGAAUAGAGGGAUGCUGACUGUCCCUUAUGAUAAAGAUGAAACAAUGGCGGAACCUACAACUCAAGGUUUUUUUGUGCCCUUUGAGGAGGUGGCUAUUUAUUUCUCCGAGGAGGAGUGGUCUCAGCUGGAUUCUGACCAAAAAGCUCUGCAUUGGGAAGUCAUGCUGGAGAAUUAUAAGAACGUGGCUUCUUUAGGUAAUAAUGGGCAGGAAAAUAAAGAGUCAGUUGAACUAUUCCAAAAGUUCAGACAUGGGAACAGAACAGAGAAGCCUGCAAAUCAAAUGGAACAACAAAGGCAAGAGAAAAAGCCGUCAAACAAUUGGAAUAAGGAAAGCUCAUCUUCAGUUGAUGCUCAGUUGCAAGGCUUUCUUGACCAACUAGGAAAAAUAGAGAAAAAAUAUAUUGGGAAAGGUAUAGGACUAUUCAAAGACAUAUUAGAUGUAAACGAAUAUUAUCCAACCCAAGCCAAACCAGAACCCUAUAUAUGCAAAGACAAUGGAAAAAAUUACAAUGGGACUUUUACCCUUUCUAGGGAAAGAGUGACAUCUCAUAAAAGGAUGCACGUAGGAGAGAAGCCGUUUAAAUACUUUGAGUAUGGAAAGCACCAAUGGGGUCAUCUUAUUUCCCAUAACAGUAAACAUAUAGAGGAGAAGCCGUAUAAAUGCCUGGUGUGUGGAAAGGGCUUUAGCCAAAAAAGCACCCUUAUUAACCAUCAAAUGAUCCACACAGGAGGGAAGCCAUUUAAAUGCAUGGAGUGUGGAAAGGGCUUUAGCCAAAAGAGCACCCUUAUUAACCAUCAAAUGAUCCACACAGAGGAUAAGCCAUAUAAAUGCAUGGAGUGUGGAAAGGGCUUCAGAAGAAACAGUUAUCUUAGAUCCCAUCAACGCUUCCACGCAGGGGAGAAGCCAUAUAAAUGCAUGGACUGUGGAAAGACUUUUAGUUUCGACAGUAAUCUUACUUCUCAUAGAAGGAUCCACACAGGGGAGAAGCCAUAUAAAUGCAUGGGGUGUGGAAAGGGCUUCAGUACAAGCAGUGCCCUUACUCUCCAUAAAAGGACACACACAGGGGAAAAGCCAUUUAAAUGCAUGGAGUGUGGAAAGGACUUCAUAACAAGUGGUGCCCUUACUCUCCAUAAAAGGAUCCACACAGGGGAGAAGCCAUAUAAAUGCAUGGAGUGUGGAAAGAGCUUCAGAACAAGCAGUAAACUUACAUCCCAUCAAAGGAUCCACACAGGGGAGAAGCCAUAUAAAUGCAUGGAGUGUGGAAAGAGCUUCAGAACAAGCAGUAAACUUACAUUCCAUCAAAAGAUCCACACAGGGGAGAAGCCAUAUAAAUGCAUAGAGUGUGGAAAGAGCUUCAGAACAAGCAGUAAACUUACAUCCCAUCAAAGGAUCCACACAGGGGAGAAGCCAUAUAAAUGCAUGGAGUGUGGGAAGGGCUUUAGCCAUAAGAGUGCCCUUAUUACCCAUCAAAGGAUCCACACAGGAGAGAAGCCUUAUAAAUGCAUGGAGUGUGGAAAGAGCUUCAGAACAAGCAGUAAGCUUACACCCCAUCAAAGGAUCCACACAGGGGAGAAGCCAUAUAAAUGCAUGGAAUGUGGAAAGGACUUCAUAACAAGCAGUAAACUUAAAUCCCAUCAAAGAAUCCACACAGGAGGAGGCAGAAUCAACUUACUGGUAAUAAAAGGAUCUAAAUGGGAAAAACCAUACAAAUCCUUGGAGUGCAGAAAGGGUUUCAGCCAAACUAGCAAUCUUACUUCCCAUAAGAAGAUAUGUACAAGGGAAAAGCCAUAUUCCCUAGACCCAUUUGGCAUUGCACUACAAGACAGAGAAAGAAUGAAAAGCCAAUCUUUAGGAAGUGAGGGAAUUGGAAAAGACCCUCUUGGUGUUCAGCCUGGGAGCGAUGGGGAAAUCUGGGCAAGAACUGGGCAGAAGAUACUGGAGGAGGCAACCAGCCUUUCAGAAGUUCAGCCCUGGAAGUUCAGGGGCUUCCAAUACAAAGAGAAUGAAGGUCCCCGAGGACUAUGCAGCCGACUCCAUUCCUUUUGUAGUCGAUGGUUGAGACCAGAAAAGCACACAAAAGCACAGAUGCUGGACCUGGUUGUUUUGGAACAGUUUUUGAUGCUUCUGCCCUUGAACAUUGAGAGCUGGGUACGAGAGUGUGGAGCAGAGACCAGCUCCCAGGCGGUGGCCCUGGUGGAAGGUUAUCUCCUGAGCCAGGUGGUGGAGCAGGAGAGGAUUGACUGGCAGUCCUUCAUGAUGGAGAUCAGAGAUCCUGAGGGAAGGAGGCAUCCUUCAAGUUCAUCUCCGGAAAUCUCUCAGGAGAUUCCAAAUACGGACACAACUGGAGGGAAGAAUAGAAGGCAGUUGACCCUUCUUGAUGGUGGAACUGAAAGAAUGGUUGAAGCUCCAGUUCAAGAGGGCCUUGUCUCCUUUGAGGAGGUGACUGUGUAUUUCUCCGAGGAGGAGUGGUCUCAGCUGGAUCCUGACCAAAAAGCUCUGCAUUGGGAAGUCAUGACGGAAAAUUACAGGAACGUGGCCUCUCUUGGUGAUAAUGAGAAGGACCAUGAAGAGUCCAGAGAAUCAUUCCAAAGGUUCAGGCAUGGAGACGUAAUUGAGAAGCCUUCAAUUCAAACAGAAUUCCAGAGGCAGGAGACAAACGCCUCAAGUAAUUGGAAUAAGGAAAGCUCAUUUUCCAUUGAAGUUCACAUGCAGGAACUUCUUGAGGAAGGGGGCAAAAUACAGAAGAAAUGUAUGGAGAAAGGUGUAAAACUAUCCAAAGACACAUUAGAGGUAAAUGAACACUAUCCAGCCACAUCCAAAGAACGGGAUUAUAUACUCAAAGACAAUGGAAAAAAUUACAAUUGGUGUUUCCCAUUUUCUCAGGAAAAUGAGUCUCUUAUAUCACAAAAAAGUUUUCCCGUCUGGGAGAAUCUGGAGAACGGCUUGGAGAAUGGAAAUAGCUUCUGUGAAAUAAAGUCUUUGACUGCUCAAGAAAGCAACCACAAGGCGAAACCACAUAAAUGCAUGGAAUGUGGAAAGAGCUUCAAGGUAAACUAUUCUCUUACUCUUCAUCGAAGGACCCACACAGGGGAGAAGCCAUUUGAAUGCUUUGAGUGUGGAAAGUCUUUUAGUCAGAGAAAUCACCUGAAAUCCCAUCAAAGCAUCCACACAGGUGAGAAGAAAUACAAAUGCAUGGAGUGUGGAAAGAGCUUCACACAGUCCAGUGGCCUCAUUAGUCAUAAAAGGAUCCACACAGGGGAGAAAUCAUUUAAGUGCAUGGAGUGUGGAAAGGGCUUCACUACAAGCAGUGCCCUUAUUCUCCACAAAAGGAUCCACACAGGGGAGAAACCAUACAAAUGCAUGGUGUGUGGAAAGAGCUUCAGCCAAUCCAGUGGCCUCGUUAUUCAUAAAAGUAUCCACACAGGGGCAAAGCCAUAUAAAUGCAUGGAGUGUGGAAAGAGCUUCAGGGUAAAUCAUUCUCUUACUCUCCAUCAAAUGACCCACACAGGAAAGAAGCCUUUCACAUGCAUUGUGUGUGGAAAGUCUUUUAGUCAGAGGAAUCACCUUACUCUCCAUCAAAACAUCCACACAGGUGAAAAGCCAUACAAAUGCAUGGAGUGUGGAAAGAGCUUCACCCAGCCCAGUGGCCUCAUUAGUCAUAAAAGGAUCCACACAGAGGAGAAGCCAUUUAAAUGCAUGGAAUGUGGAAAGGACUUCAGUACAAGUAGUGCCCUUACUGUCCAUAAGAGAAUCCACACAGGGGAAAGGCCAUUUAAAUGCAUUGUGUGUGGAAAUUCUUUUAGCCAGAGCCAUCAUCUUACUCACCAUCUGAGAAUCCACAUGGGAGAAAUGAUUUAAAUGCAUGGAGUGUUGAAAGAGCUUCAGAAUAAGUAAUAAUCUUCACCAUCAAAGGAUCCACACAGGGGAGAAGCCAUUCAAAUGCAUGGCGUGUGGAAAAAGCUUCAGCCACCCUAGUGGCUUCAUUUUCCAUAAACAGAACCACACGGGAGAAACCAUUUAAAUGCAUGGAGUGCAGAAGGAGCUUCCAAAUACACAGUCAUCUUACUGACCAUAAAAGGAUCCAUACAGGGGAGAAGCCAUUUAAAUGCAUGGAGUGUGGAAAGUAUUUUAGACAGAGCCAUCAUCUUACUUCCCAUCAAAGGAUCCACAUAGGAGAAAAGACAUUUAAAUGCAUGGAGUGUGGAAAGGGCUUCAAUACAAGCAGUGCCCUUACUUUCCAUAAGAGGAUCAAACACAGGGGAAAGGCCAUUGAAAUGCAUGGAAUGUGGAAAGAGCUUCAGAGCAAGCAGUGAUCUUACAUCCAUCAACGGAUCCACAUAGGAGAUAAACCAUCUAAAUGCACGGAGUGUGGAAAGGACUUCACUACAAGCAGUGCCCUUUUGAUAAGAAGAUCCACACAGGGGAAAAACAGGAGGAGGAGAAAUGACCUAAUUUCCCAUACAGCGAUACACUUGGGUGGGAACAAUAUGUAAAUUCUAUAAAGUUACAUUUAUGAAUUUUCCUAUUUACAGUGAUUGAGCUUGCAAAGGAAUUGUCUGUCCAUGGGAUAUGAAUUUACUAACAAAAAUAAAAAAAACAAUGGAUGGGUGUCAUUUUAAUUAUGAUCUGGAUUAUUGAAGGUGUUUACAUUUAAGUAUGAUUUCUUUUCAAAAGUAAGAUUCCUAUUCUCCACUUGUUUCUUCUUCCCGUGUGAUCACACUCAAAAGGAUUUGAAUUUCCUUUUUUUCCCUCAUCUUACCCUUUCUGAUUCAUUAAUAGACACCCAAUUUAUUAGAGUACUUUCCUCCAUCCUCAGGAAAGUUGGAACAGUUCAGCCGAGAGAUUGUAGGCCAGUGAUGGCGAACCUUUUAGGCAAAACUAUACACGUCUGCAUGCCUUAACUGAAAGGUGUGUAUAUUUGCAUGGAAACAUGCCUUUGCGUGGACAUGCACAAAUGUGCAUAGGCACGCAUGUGUAUCAGAGAUCUGAAACUAGCUGGCUGGCGGGAGGUGGGGCAUCCCAACGUCAGCUGCAUGGCAAGAGGUAAGAAAUGUGCCAAUCACAAAUCCGUGGGACCAAACUAAAUAAGUUUGAGUUUAAAAAAAUAUUUCCGAAAACUACUUUUGAUCUUCCUGACCACAAAUGAGACGGGGAGCCAUCUCUGUGAUGUGAAGAAUUCCAAAAGACUCAAAAGCUGCAUUCCCAGCGUAGAACUGUGACCUGAGCCAGGUACUAUGUAUAGAGAAGCAUGGAGCCUUAUUUAGUGAAAGGCCUCAUAAUCUGAGGCAAAUGUCACAUGCACAUCAAUGCGUGAGAAAAGCUGAAAGGAUGAUGGAUUCCUGUUUCUCUUAAGGGCCUAGAAUGAUGAUAUGCCUCCACUCCCAAAUGCAUGUGCAAAAUCUGUUUUCAAGCAUUACGAUGAUACAGUUUCUUUUUCUUGCUGCGCCAUUCUUCCAAUUUUGCAGGCACUGCCACUAUAGGA